AUAAUAUUAUUCAGUGUACAAUAAGUACUACAUACAAUAAAAUUUAAUUUUAAUGAGCUUCAUUUAGUUGGACACUUUUUUAUUUGUCACUGUUUCAAUUGUGUUAGAUUUAAAUCUAAUAAUGAAUAUAAAAUGUUACAUUUGUUAGGGAAUUAGUUUUUUUCUCCCUAUUCAGCUUAAUAAAAUUGUUUUUAUUGCCCUUUUAACUUAAAAAAACAAACUGCAGAUAAAUAUUUUCGCUUAUAUAUUGAUUUAAUCUUAAAUUUCAACCUGAACUACAUUUUGCAUACUUAUGUUUAACAUUGCUAAUAAACUUUUUCUGCAAUUUUCCAGUGAAGAGAUAGCCGAAGCAGCUUCUUCAGUAAACUCAGCUGUUGGUUUGCCAGAAUUCGAUUGCAUCCACAAAGUGCUGUAUAAAGCGAGAAAUUUGGAGCAGCCAGCACUUCCAAAAAGUGUAGAUGACAUAGUCUGGACUGAGAGAUAUACAAAAACAAAAGAUGGGAAAGACUUCUUGCUCGGUGAUGAUGGGAGCGGAGAAGAUAGGUUAUUGAUGUUUUGCACAACUGAUAAUCUAAAAAGGAUGUGCUCCUCCAAAAAAAUUUGGGCGGAUGGCACAUUCAAGAUUGUCCCCCUCCUCUUUCACCAGCUUUACACGAUCCAUGGAUUGUACGAGAAUGAAAUGUUUCCAUUUGUGUACUGCCUCCUUCAAGAUAAGAAAAAGGAAACAUACAAAAGAUUAUUUCAGAUGAUAAAGGAGGAGGCAGGAAAGGUGGAUGAAAAGUUUUCCCCGGAAAAUGCGAUGUUAGACUUUGAAUUGGCGGCAAUAAAUGCCUUGAGAGAAGAAGUGCCAAAUGUGUCAGUCAAGGGCUGCUUCUUUCAUUAUACACAAAAUAUUUGGAAAAAAGUACAAAAUUUAGGUCUGGUGCCAGCAUACAAACAUGAUCCAAAAACAUAUAAAUGGAUUAGAAGAAUUGCGUCUCUACCGCUAGUACAUUCAGAAAGAAGUUUUUCAAUGGAUAAAAAUGCAAGCUCCCAUCUGUUAUCAACGGGACACAAUGAAUCAAUAUGUAGAGAAAACCUACAUAAAUGCACAGAAUGCAUUGUUUCAGGCGGAUAUAUGGAACCAUUUCAAUAGUGGCAACGACAGAACUAAUAAUUCAGUUGAAGGCUGGCACAAUAAACUAAACAUACGAGCACCAUCUUCUCAUGUUGACAUAUUCUCGAUGAUUUCAAUACUACAGCAAUUGCAGUUUGAAAACGAGGGGCGAAUGAAUAUGCUAGA